AUGAAUAAUAUUGAUAAUGUUGUCAGUGAUCAGAAAGCCGGUUAUAUGACUGGGGGAUCGAUUAUCAGCAGAGCAGGGGCAAGACCUAUGCGUGUGUACAUGGUUGGGGCUUGCAUCGAGCAUCUGGGCUACGUAACGCUCACAGGCGGCGUCUUGAAGUACAAGUUCGAUGCGGAAAGCCCUUGGGAGCCGUCAUGGGGUGAUAUGUUCCCCAACAUGACAGCUGCUAAGUCUGCAUGUGACGCCGACAGCGCCUGCAUCGGCUUCAACAGUCGCGGCUUUACAGUGACCUUGGCUGGUCUCGGCCCCGUGAAUAUUGAACACGCGACCCAAUGCCUGUAUCUCAAGCAAGUCGCGCCACAGAGAGCGAACUACAUGAUGGUGCCUUACCUCACCUGGAUCGGAAUCUCGCACUCAAGCAUUCUUAAUAUUGUGGACAAUGCGGAACAGGCCAAGAUGGAAUGUGAAAGCUCGGCCUGCGUUGCCUGGAGCACAGACGGCCGAUACAUGAUCGGUCCACUUUCUUUUACAGAGUUCGUUCCAAGCGAGACCGGUGCUACAAUGUACCUGAGGCCAGCAUGCAUGGAGAAGCUUGGAUACAAAGAAAAGUACCAAGCUUCCACUGUGGUUUCAAUGAACGGCAUCUACGGCAUGGCCUCCGGCAAAAUGCCAAGCGGAAAGGAGGCAGAGCAAUUUUGCAAUCUGGACUACCGAUGCACAGGUUUCAGUUACGACGGCACUUAUGUAAUUGGCGCGGCGAAAGUAGUCUUUACUUAUCCCGGCAAAUGCGCCUACAUGAAGGACCCUUGUGCCCCCAUGCGUGGUUUUGCCGCCUACAACGACGUGAACAUCAAGCCCAUGUACAGCCCGAGCAGUCGGGCCAAUCAGACAGCCCUCGCGGACGUCUAUCAGACAUGUCUGGCCGACCCAUCUUGCCGGGCCUUCAACAACGCGAGGUACAUGUGGUCCACAGACUGGCUGGUCCCCGAGCUACAGGAGAGCUAUGUGGAGGAUGCCCCGGGCAUCUGCCUGUACUACAAAUUGUCGUAG